AUGGUAGACGAGUCGCUAGUCACGACGACGUCACUAUUUAAUGCUAUUCCGGACGGUCCAGAGGUGGUUUUACGUCGGUUUCAGCGACUCAUAGCCUUGGAACAACAGCAGCAGGAGAGUGACGUUACUUCUAGUGAAAAUGGGAAGGAAUGGAUGGCGCGAUUAGCUACUAUGAAGGAAAGUUUGCAUGAAAAGGAAGUCUCAUUUGAGCGACGCUAUGCGCGUCAUCAGAAACAGCUUAAGGAGGUCGAAUUCCAGGAAACGGAACUUCGACGACUCCGCGACUGGAGGAAUACGCUUAAGGAGCAAUUACAGAGUCUAUCCGACCAGGAUGCAGAUGCUGUCAGCAACACUAACGGAAUCGACUCUGAGAUACACCGUCUGCAGGAUCGCGUUUCCCUCUACGAGAGGACAUUUGGUCUUGAAAUAAGGCGUACAAAGAACCAUGACAACAUCCAAGUCGUCAUGCGUGGCUGCUGCGAAGAUGAUUAUGAUACACUGAGCUACGUGAUCCUACGACUUAGCUCCGAUUCGACUCCGAUGGAGCUGGUCAAGUGCAAUCCCCCCAUUGCUGAUAUUCGAAAGCUCGUUGAACACUUUAACAAAGUUGGAGACUUCCGUAGCUUUCUCCUGGUUCUGAGAAACAGAUUCGUCAGGUACUUUCAGCUGCGGAAGAAGCCCAGCAGCUAA